AGCGGAAGAGUGGGCUGAUACCGGUCUCAUGUUGCGUAUGGAUUUUCGUUUAUAUAAUCGAUUGAAAUGACCCAAUACAUUGAUUUUGGGUUCAGUGUUUUACAAACAAGCGUUUAUGGGUCUCGAUUUUAUGUUAGGGAUGAUUCCAGUGUGGCACCGUUGCGCACAAGAGUCAGAGUGGUUGAUUUGUAAAUAAAUACCUGAAUACAAACAAAAUAAAUAUCUUAUUGUUUCAUGUUUUUUUGUUAAAAAAUAGAUUUAGGAGUCAGGAGGAAAAAAAAAGAGGGGAAAGUCUUUAAAAAAGACAAUAUUAUGCUGCCUCUCUCCUUAAUCAAAUAAAGUGGUGUAAAAAUAACGCACACACGCGCGCACGCACGCACACACAAAAGCAUUUCCUUCCCUCUGAAUUUCUCCUUGAAUUAUAUGCCAUCACUAGUGUGUGUGAUUGCGGAAUAUUAAAUUAAAGUGGGAUAAGUCCGCACCGAGGCGGGCUGCGUCCAAUCCGCAACUCAUUUCCCCUGUUGUAGCACCGCAUCACUGCGCUCCUCUCUUUUCAAUGACAAUGUGCCAAAUCUGGGCAUUUUGAAAACACUUUCCAUAUGCUAUUAUCGGAUCGCUACUGAGCAAGAGAAAGACAGAAAAGAAGGAAAACGGAAUGCUUUAUACCAAAGGUCCCUUUUGGGCUGGAUGAGAUGAGAUCCCCAUGUAGUGGUUGUCAUGGCAACUUCUGACUCUCCUCCUAUGGUUUCGUCGCUGCAGCAGGAACAUGGUGGCCAGAGGUUGGAUGCUGCUGCUGAGGACAACUCGGUUGUCUCAAUGGAGACCAGUGCCAACAACCAUUCAUCCGCUGCUGCGCCUGGAGAUCCAGAGAAUGGCACCGGAGGAUCUGCUGUGAGCCCACCUAAGCCCACCAUUACCCCCACCACUGUUAGUGCAACCAUCGACUCUGUAACCGAACAGAGUCGGAGAGAAAGCUUUACUAUCGGUAACAAAGGGAGUGUUACCGGAACUUUACCAGGAGGUGGAGGAGCAGCCGCUUUGGGUUCGGACUGUUCUGCCCCUGCCACAUCACCUGUGGCACCGGCAAAGGAGAUCCCUUGCAACGAAUGUUCUAACUCCUUCUCCAGUUUACAGAAAUAUAUGGAGCACCACUGCCCCAGUGCCCGCCUACCUACUGCUGGAGGUCAUGUUGAGGAUGAGGAGGUUGAAGGGAUGGUAGAAGGAGACAGUGAGGAUGAAGGAGACCAUGAGGUGGGUGCUGCAGAAAUGGGAGAAAUGAACAGUGAGAUGGAGAUGGAAGAGGACAGUGAUGUGGAGAAUCUGUGUGGUGAGAUCAUCUACCAGCCCGACGGUUCUGCCUUCAUCUUGGAGGACUCCAAAGAGCAGCGUGGCAACCAGGGGGGGCUUUCUGGAGCUCUUCAGUUGAGGGGUCUGUUGUCCCCCCAGACCUUCCCCAGUGCACAGGCCAACAGUGGUCAGAGUGGCCUGAGCCCAGAAGGGGAGCGGUCAGAACAGCCAGCUGCACCCAUGUCCUUCUACCCCCAGAUCAUCAACACCUUCCACAUCGCCUCCUCUUUUGGGAGUAAAUCUCUAGCCACCGACCAUCCCUCCUUCCCAAAUACCUCAGCUGGGGGGUUGGUGGGUGCUGGUCCCGUGUUGCACAGUUUUCGUGUCUAUGACCUCCGCCACAAGAACGACAAAGACUAUCUUACGGCGGAUGGUGCAGCCAAAAACUCCUGUGUGUCCAAAGAUGUUCCCAACAAUGUGGACUUGUCCAAGUUUGAGGGCUGUGUAGCUGAUGGACGGCGAAAGCCUGUUUUGAUGUGUUUCCUGUGCAAGCUGUCUUUUGGCUACAGCCGUUCCUUCGUGACACAUGCUGUCCAUGACCACCGUAUGACCCUGAAUGAGAAGGAGCAGAAGCUGUUGAGCAACAAGCAUGUCUCUGCUAUCAUCCAGGGCAUUGGCAAGGACAAAGAACCUCUUAUAAGCUUUCUGGAACCAAAAAAACCCCCAAACUCUGUGCUACCCCAUUUUCCCUCACCUGCCAACUUCCUAGGGCCAGAUACGGGGCUCCGUGGCUUGUGGAAUGCUUUCCACAGUAGUGGGGAUAAUGCAGAUUCUCUUCAGGCUGGUUUUGCUUUCCUGAAGGGCAGUGCCAGCAGCUCCCCUACUGACCAAACCCCCAGAACCCAAGCAAUGCCAAAGGCUGAGACCAACCCAAACCUCGGGGGAGGGGCUGGUGCCCACAGAACCCGUACUGGGAGUUCUGCUGCUGCCUCAGGUAGCAGCCUUGAAAGUCAGAACUCUGAUAGUGACUGCAAAGGCCACGUUAGGGACACAUGCACUUUGCAAUCCAAUGGGCCGGACAUGAGCCACUACCUGCCUAUCAAGCGGGAGCCCAAUACAAUAGGAGAAGAAAGCCCAGAACAGGAUGAGGAUUCUUACUCAGUUAGUGGAGUAGAGAUGGAGGUAGAUGAAGAAGAGGAACAGGCCCUGUCCAUGGUGGUGACAGGCCAGCGGGCUGACAGCACCAGUAGCAAAGAUUUCCCUCUCUUAAACCAAAGUAUUUCCCCUCUUUCCAACAGUGUGCUUAAGUUGAACAGUGACAGCAAAGGCCCCGCAUCCACCUCCUCUUCCUCCCUGCCUGUGUUUGAAAAGCUAGAGAUGGAGAAGAGCCACCUAUCCUCCGCUCUGACAGCUGUCAGAGAGCGCGAGAGCAGCAACGACUCUACCAGUGAUGGCCUAGCUGGAAGGGACGGUUUGUCGCCGUCCUCCAACCCCUUUGAUAUGAUGAUGUUGCGCAGAGAUGAUGAGAGUCCUGGGCCUCUGCAUCAACACACAGGAAAUCCUAGUACACCUGGAACUCCUGGGACUCCUGGUACUCCCGUUCCUGGUGAGGGAUCCCCAGGUAGCGGGGUAGAGUGCCCCAAAUGUGAUACAGUCCUGGGUUCCUCAAGGUCUCUGGGAGGGCAUAUGACGAUGAUGCAUUCCCGCAACUCCUGCAAAACACUGAAGUGUCCCAAGUGUAACUGGCAUUACAAGUACCAGCAGACACUGGAUGCUCACAUGAAGGAAAAACAUCCAGAGUCUGGUGGAUCAUGUGUUUACUGCCGCACCGGACAGCCUCAUCCUCGUUUAGCCAGAGGCGAAAGCUAUACGUGUGGAUACAAGCCCUUCCGCUGUGAGGUAUGCAAUUACUCGACCACCACCAAAGGAAACCUUAGCAUCCACAUGCAGUCGGACAAGCAUCUGAACAAUGUGCAGACACUCCAGAAUGGCGGCAGUGAAGCACAGUACAACCACAACCAUGCUAACCACGUUCCCAGUGCCAACCUUAGCGGAGGCUGCAGUGCACCCUCGCCAUCCAAGCCCAAACAGAAGCCCACUUGGCGCUGUGAGGUUUGUGACUACGAGACCAAUGUGGCACGGAACUUACGAAUCCAUAUGACCAGCGAGAAGCACAUGCACAACAUGAUGCUGCUGCAGCAGAACAUGAAGCAGAUCCAACACAGUCUCCAUCUGGGUCUGGCUCCAGCUGAAGCAGAGCUUUACCAGUACUACCUGGCUCAAAACAUGGGCCUCGCUGGAGUAAAACUGGAGAAUCCAACGGGUAGCAGUGGCCCAGACACCCAGAUGAUGAUCAACCCAUUUCAGUUAGAUCCUGCUACUGCUGCUGCUCUUGGAUCCGGUCUAGUUAAUAGUGACCUUACUGCUGAGUUGCGUCUCGCCAGCGGCCAACUGAUGGCAGAUGACCUGUCUCUGGUGUCUUCGGGUGGAAUGGGUGGCAUGUCCUCAUCAGACCCUUCCCUCUCCUCCUUGUCGCCACCUAUCAGCGAUCCCUUGCUGCGGCUGUACCAGUGUGCUGUGUGCAACUGCUACUCCACAGACAGCCUAGAGGCCCUCAACGCCCACGUCAGCGCCGAGCGCUCCCUGCCCGAAGAGGAGUGGCGUUGCGUUGUGGGUGAUGUCUACCAGUGCAAGCUCUGCAGCUACAACACCCAGCUCAAGGCCAACUUUCAGCUGCACUGCAAGACAGACAAGCAUAUGCAAAAGCACCAGCUGGUGGCCCACAUCAAGGAGGGAGGCAAGGCCAACCAGUGGAGAUUAAAGUGUGUGGCCAUUGGCAACCCCGUGCACCUCAAGUGUAAUGCCUGUGACUACUACAGCAACAGUGUGGAGAAACUGAGGAUACAUGCCACCAACCAGAGGCAUGAGUCUUCCAUCCGCCUUUACAAGCACUUGCAGAAGCUGGACAGCGCGUACAGUCUGGAGUCCUGCGUCUACUACUGCAAUCUGUGCGACUACUCCACCAAAGCCCGCCUCAACCUGGUCCAACAUGCGCGCUCAGCUCGCCACCAGCAGAAUGAAGGACUGAGGAAACUGCAGCUGCACCAGCAAGGACUGGGAGGUGAGGAGGACGGACUGGGCCUCCACGAGCUUUUCCAUGUCAAAGAGUGUCCCACCAUCCAAGAAGAUGCUGCCGAGGACUCUGACAGGCCUCCCCGCUCCUCCUCCCGGCCCAACCAGACCGACCGAGACCUGCCCGAGAGGAGAACCGAACGAGUGAAUGCCAUAACCAAAGAGAUUACUGCAGCGAACGCUAUGGUCAAACAUUCCCACCUGCCAGAUCGACAAAUGGAGAGUCCGCCCAAAAGGCCGAAAUCUGCCGAGGGGAAGACUUCAACCAGUGAACAGGUUCAGCAAUGUCCUUACUGCAACUACAGCAGUAAAGAUGCCAACCGUAUGCAGCUCCAUGUGAUGUCCCAGCAUUCCAUGCAGCCAGUGAUCCGCUGUCCUCUAUGCCAGGAUGUUCUAAGCAACAAGAUUCACCUGCAGCUGCAUCUGACUCACCUGCACAGCGUGGCUCCCGACUGUGUGGAAAAGCUUAUUCUAACUGUUGUCGGCCCUGAUACAGCUUCACCAAAUAAUGUGAUGCAUUCUCAGACUGGUCAAGAAAAGAGUCCAUCUUUGAUGGAAUCCUCUACAUCUAUCACUGAUGGGUCAGGAAAGUCUCAAGGAAACAUGUCAAAAGAUGAGCAAGCGAGUCAAGACAAAAAUGAAACAGACCUUCAAGGUGAAGAACUCAAGCCUCCAAAAGAGGCUUCGGAGGCCCCGGACUGGAAGAGAUCCCCAGGGAUAGCCCAUGAUGGCAAGUCCCCUGAAAAUCUUCAGGACCAUCUCAGUGAGCUACAAAGACUCCAACAACAACAACAACAGCUCUCUGUGUCUGACCGCCAUGUCUACAAAUAUCGUUGCAACCACUGCAGCUUGGCAUUCAAGACAAUGCAGAAGCUUCAGAUCCACUCUCAAUACCAUGCCAUCAGAGCAGCCACCAUGUGCAGUCUUUGCCAGCGUAGCUUCAGGACAUUUCUAGCCCUCAGGAAGCAUUUGGAGAAUGGUCACCCUGAACUUACUGAAGCAGAAGUGCAGCAGCUGAUUGGAAAUCUGCCACUAAAUGGCGAUAUCACUGAGAGUGAAGCUCGGGCCUUGGAGGAAGCUCAGGCCUUUGAACAUGACUUAGACAAAGAUGAUGAAAUGGACCAAGAAGAAAAGCCAAGUCCAACGGGAAGUGAUAGUAGUUCUCUGCUAGAUGACAUGGGAUCUGAACCAAAGCGAACCCUACCAUUUAGAAAAGGGCCCAACUUUACAAUGGAAAAAUUCUUGGACCCAUCUCGACCUUACAAGUGCACAGUAUGUAAAGAGUCCUUCACCCAGAAGAACAUUCUUUUAGUUCACUAUAACUCUGUGUCCCAUCUGCAUAAAUUGAAGAAGGUCCUUCAAGAAGCAUCAAGCCCAGUUCCACAGGAGACAACCAACAGUAUUGACAAUAAACCAUUCAAAUGCAAUAUUUGCAAUGUUGCUUAUAGCCAAAGCUCAACACUCGAGAUUCACAUGAGAUCAGUCCUCCACCAGACCAAAGCCAGAACUGCCAAAAGUGACACAAACAGCUGCAGUACCACUUCCAGCAGUGGUCCAGCGCCUACAAAAAGUCCAGGCCCAAGUACACAAGGAAAUACUACCAAUGUUGACACUGCUAGAAGUGGCACACCCUCCUCUAACAAAGAAAAUGCUGCAGAACCAAAAGAACCCAAUAACAGCAACAAUACCAAACAAGCUUCAACUACUGAUCAUGUUACGGCACAGGCAAGCAGUCACCAGUCAGCUCAGUCAUCUGCCCAGCUGCAGCUGCAGCUUCAACAUGAACUUCAACAACAGGCUGCCUUUUUCCAGCCUCAGUUCCUCAAUCCAGCUUUCUUCCCACAUUUCCCAAUGACCCCUGAAGCACUCCUGCAGUUUCAACAACCACAGUUUCUCUUUCCUUUUUACAUACCAGGAGCAGAGUUCAAUCUAAACCCAGAACUUGCUCUGCAUUCUGCUGCAGCUUUUGGCAUGCCUGGUCUUACUGGAUCAUUCCUAGAGGACCUUAAGCAGCAGAUGCAGCAGCAGCACCAGCUGCAGCAAGUUCAGGCUCAGCAACAGGCUCAGCAACAACAGCAAGCCUCUCAGACACAGUCUCAGCUUCACCAACAGAAAAACCAGCAAAUGCAACAACUGCAGAACCAAAAACCCAAAUUAGAUUCUAGCACCAUUUCUGUCUCAGAUCUUCAAAUGUCAAGAGACGCAGAGGACCUCUCUGAAAAACUAGAAAUCAGAGCAAAGAUGGAAAAUGCAGGAGAUGCAAUCAGUGACGGAGGGAAAGACAACAGAGACUCUAAAAAGUCAGCCUUUCCUGAACCUCUGAUUCCCCCUCCUCGCAUUGUAUCUGGAGCAAGAGGUAAUGCAGCCAAAGCUUUAUUAGAGAACUUUGGAUUUGAGCUCGUUAUCCAAUACAACGAAAACAGACAAAAAAGCCAGAAGAAAAACAGAGAUGGAGCUGAUCAAGUGGAGACAAAUACUGAUAAGCUUGAGUGUGGUAUGUGUGGGAAGCUGUUUUCCAACAUGCUAAUUCUCAAAAGUCACCAGGAACAUGUACACAGUCACUUUUUCCCAUAUGUGGAACUUGAAAAGUUUGCCCAGCAGUACAGAGAGGCAUAUGACAAGCUGUAUCCAAUAAAUCCUUCCUCACCUGAGACUCCACCCCCUCCGCCACCCCCGCCUCCACCUCCCCCGCCUACUGCUCCAGCACCGGUGACAACUCCUCAGCCCCCAUCUACGCCAAUCUCCAAACCACAAACACCAGUACCGUCACCAGUUUCUGCUCCCCAUCAAACUGUUCACCAGCCAUCUCACCAGACAACCCCCCAACCCCCACCUCCGCCUCCUCCAUCUGCUGCCCCACCUGCCCCACCCCAAGUGCAGCUUCCUGUUCCCUUAGAUCUUCCUCUUUUCCCCCCUCUAAUGAUGCAGUCUGUCCAGCACCCAGGCUUGCCCCCUCAGCUGGCCCUGCAGCUUCCCACUAUGGACUCCCUUUCCACAGAUCUUACACAGCUUUGUCAACAACAGUUGGGUCUUGAUCCAAAUUUCCUUCGCCAGUCUCAGUUUAAGCGACCACGCACCCGUAUUACUGACGAGCAGCUUAAGAUACUUCGUGCAAACUUUGAUAUCAAUAAUUCUCCCAAUGAGGAGCAAAUUCAGGAGAUGUCUGAAAAAUCUGGCCUGCCCCAAAAAGUCAUUAAACACUGGUUCCGCAACACCCUGUUCAAAGAAAGACAGCGGAGUAAAGACUCUCCUUACAAUUUCAAUAUUCCUCCCAUUACGACUUUGGAAGACAUUCGAAUGGAGUCCCAACUCAGCUCACAGGAGUACUAUAGAAGUGAUUCAGCCAUUAAUAAGAGGUCCUCCAGGACCCGAUUCACUGAUUACCAAUUGAGGGUGCUACAAGACUUCUUUGACACUAAUGCCUAUCCAAAAGAUGAUGAAAUUGAACAGCUGUCCACUGUACUCAAUCUACCCACUCGAGUAAUCGUCGUGUGGUUCCAAAAUGCUCGUCAGAAAGCUCGUAAGAGCUAUGAGAACCAGGCAGAUUCGAAGGACUGUGAGAAGAAAGAGCUGACCAAUGAACGAUACAUUAGAACCACCAACAUGCAGUAUCAGUGUAAGAAGUGCAACAUUGUGUUCCCACGCAUCUUUGAUCUUAUAACUCACCAGAAAAAGCAGUGUUAUAAGGAUGAAGAUGAGGAGGGGAAUGAGGACAAUACCUGUGAGGAAUACAUAGAUACCGAUCAGUGUCUACCCAAGACCAACCAUCUUUCCUCAGAUCUAACAAAACAUUGCCAUGCAGGAACUGCCAGCAGUUCUGGCUCAACUUCUCCUGUCAUGGCCUCACCUCGAGGCCCCAUGGGGAAAACAUCACCCAAACCAGAUAUUCCCUCUGAAGCUGAACUUAAACAAGCUGAGACUGCGUCCUCACCUGUUAUAAAAUCAUUACCAGAACCCAGACCGUCCAAAGCUUGCACGCCGCAGCCACCUCCUCAGAAAACUCCCCAGCCUCAGUUGUCAAGACCCCAUUCCCAACCCCAGGCAGCUGCAGUGCCCUCAAGCCCUCUUUCAAUGGCUCUUUCUUCACUCACUAACAGUCUGCCCCAUCAGAUGCUUCAGUAUCAGUGUGAUCAAUGCAAGAUUGCAUUCCCCACUGUGGAACUGUGGCAAGAGCAUCAGCACAUGCAUUUUUUGGCAGCCCAAAAUCAAUUUCUUCACUCUCAGUUCCUUGAACGACCCAUUGAUAUGCCAUACAUGAUAUUUGACCCCAACAAUCCCUUAAUGGCAAGCCAGCUCUUAUCUGGAGGACUGACUCAAAUCCCAUCCCAGGGCAGUUCCAGUAUGGCUUCUGCUGCAGCGUCUGCAGCAAUGAAGAGGAAACUGGAUGAGAAGGAGGAAAAUGGUAAUGACAAAGAUGGUGGAAACAGCGGGGAGGAACAACACAGAGAUAAACGUCUAAGAACCACCAUCACACCAGAACAACUGGAAAUUCUUUAUGACAAAUACCUGCUUGACUCUAACCCAACAAGGAAAAUGUUGGACCACAUUGCACGAGAGGUUGGAUUGAAAAAGAGAGUAGUGCAAGUCUGGUUCCAAAAUACACGAGCAAGAGAAAGAAAGGGGCAAUUUAGGGCCAUAGGUCCUUCCCAGUCCCACAAGAAAUGUCCCUUUUGUAGAGCACUGUUUAAGGCGAAAUCUGCCUUAGACAGUCAUAUAAGAUCGAGGCAUUGGCACGAGGCUAAGCAGGCAGGCUUUAGCUUGCCCCCAAGCCCAAUGAUGAAUCAAGACAACGAAAGAGGGGAAAGUCCAAAUAAGUAUAGUUUUUUUGACCACACUCAGCUCCCAACCAAGACUGAGCAAAAUGACUAUGAGCUCCCUGCUGCAUCCUCUACUCCAAUCAAACCAUCUGAGGCGCAGAUAAAAAACUUCUUUAGCCCUUCAUCCAUAAAAGCUGAAAACUGUGAUGAAACUGAAGGGCCUAAUAACAAUUCAGCAGAAGCUUCAACCUAUGAUCUGAGUAAAAUGGACUUUGAUGAGACAUCGUCAAUUAACACAGCCAUAAGUGAUGCUACAACUGGAGAUGAGUGUAAUAACAAUGAGGUUGAGAACCUGACUGCCAAUGGUGGGGACAAGCUUAAUGAUAACAAAGGUGGCUUGAUGCCAAAUUCUGAGAGCGGCAAUGAAAGAUUUCAAUUCAGCAUGGUGAGUCCUGCCCUCAGCUUCUCUGGAAAAGACUGUGACUCAUACUUUAGCUCCAGAGACGAUGAAAUGGAUGACAUCAAUGACAGAAGCGAAUCUUCAAGCCUAGCUGAUCCCAGUUCCCCCAGUCCUUUUGGGGCAGGCAACCCCUUCAGCAAGUCUGGGAAAGUCAACAACGGCGGAGAUCGCCCAGGCCACAAGCGGUUCAGGACACAGAUGAGUAACCUUCAACUCAAAGUGCUCAAAGCUUGUUUUAGUGACUAUCGCACUCCUACAAUGCAAGAGUGUGAGAUGCUGGGCAACGAGAUUGGACUUCCAAAACGGGUUGUCCAAGUGUGGUUCCAAAAUGCCCGUGCAAAAGAAAAGAAAUUUAAGAUUAACAUUGGAAAGCCAUUCAUGAUAAGUCAAGGCUCACCAGAGGGGCCCAGACCUGAGUGUACAUUGUGUGGUGUAAAGUACACUGCCAGGAUGUCUGUCAGAGACCACAUCUUCUCCAAGCAGCACAUUACCAAAGUGCAAGAAACCCUGGGAAACCAGGUGGAUAGAGAAAAGGACUACCUAGCACCAACCACUGUCCGUCAGCUGAUGGCCCAGCAAGAACUGGACCGUAUGAAGAAAGCUGGUGAAGGACUAAGUCUGCCUGGCCAGCAGCAACAGACUUCAGUGGACAGCAGUAAUGCACUUCAUGGCCUUAGCCUACCCUCGGGCUACCCAGGAUUAUCUGGCCUUCCACCAGUGCUUCUUCCUGGGGUCAAUGGGCCAUCAUCACUUCCUGUUUUCCCACCCAACACACCUGCUUUAGCGUCUCCCGGUGCUGGCAUGCUUGGGUUCCCUACACCAGCCACCCCCUCUCCUGCCAUGUCUCUCAGCACUACCCCAACCAAGACUCUUCUGCAGACUCCUCCUCCUCCUCCACCUCCUCCUCCUCCUCCUGUUCCCUCCACAUCUUUGGCAGCAGUAAACCAUACAGAGCAGCAAGGUAAAGACCCAGAGAGAGACAGCAGCAAGAAACCAGGAGACAUGCAAUCUCAAAUGAAGGUGAAAGACAGAGAGAACGACAGCGGCUCACGCCCAGAAACCCCCAGCAUGGCCAAAAAAAGGGAGAAGCCGAGUCCAGCUCCAGGGAAACCAGGGAGUGAGACAGCACUAGAUGCCACACAGCUUCAAGCACUUCAAAACGCUCUUGCCACAGGUGAUCCCAGCUCGUUAUUGGGGGGACAGUUCCUGCCAUACUUUCUUCCUGGGUUUCCCAACUGCUUCUCGCCCCAGCUUCCGCGAGGGGUCCAAACGGGGGGCUAUUUCCCACCACUGUGCGGAAUGGAGAGUCUGUUCCCGUAUGGCCCGGCAGUUCCGCAGGCGGCCAUGGCUGCUGGUCUCUCAUCGACUGCCCUCCUGCAGCAGUAUCAGCAGUACCAACAGUCCCUCCAGGAUUCCCUGCAGAAGCAGCAGCAGCAGCAGCAGAAACAACUUGAGCAGCAGAAGCAGCAGAAACAAGCCCCUGUGAAGACCCCCCAUGGCAUCCAAAGCACCACAGCCACCUCCUUCAAAGAAAAAGAAGCUAUCGAUGCUAAGGAUGACAACAACAAAGGCUCUUCAACUGAAAGCACAAAAGAAGAACGGAAAACAGAUACCAAAAGUACCAUGGAUUUUCCAGAUGCUUUUAUUGUACCGUCUGUCAAGCAUGAGUUUAUAUGCAGGAAGUGCCAGAUGAUUUUUGCUGACGAAGAUUCAGUGGUGCGUCAUCAGAAGUCCUUCUGUUACUUCGGACAUCCUUUUACUGACCUGCAAGACACAGUGCUUCGAAAGGCAGUGAGCAACUACACUUGUGUUGCCUGUAAUGUGGUUGUUGAUGGGAAUGAAGCACUUGGCCAACACCUUCAGUCGAGCUUGCACAAAGAGAAAACAAUCAAACAAGCAAUGAGAAAUGCCAAAGAGCAUACUAGAUUAUUACCUCACUCUGUCUGCUCCCCUACUCCUAACACCACAUCUACCUCGCAGUCUGCAGCUUCUUCUAAUAACACCUUUCCUCAUCUCUCUCGCUUGCCCAUGAAGUCCUGGCCAAAUGUCCUGUUCCAGGCCACCACAGCCCGGAAAGCUGCUUCCUCCUCCCCGUCUGCCUCUCCCCCUCCCCCCCUCUCCUCACCUUCAACGGUUACCUCAACUUCCUGCAGCACCUCAGGGGUUCCAACCUCACUACCCACCGAGAGUUGUUCAGAUGAGUCUGACAAUGAGCUAAGCCAGAAGCUGGAAGACUUAGAUAAUGCGUUGGAAGUCAAGGCUAAGCCGGCCUCUGUCCUAGACGCAAGCUUCAGUAGUAUCAGAAUGGAUAUGUUCAGUGUGUAGGAGUGACAAAAGGAUCCCUUGCUUAAAGAAAAAAAUAAGACUUUUUAAACUGCAGUUCCAAAGUUUCUCUUAACCCAAAAAAAUUACAGUACCAAAUGAUUGACUCAGGAUUGUUUUUCCCAUAUUGAUAUGCUGGCAAGAUAUUGAUUGAUUUUUGUUAUGGACAGAACUGUUGCAGAUGCUUGACUGAGCUUAUAUUGUAUACAAAAACAUGGAGUAGGAAAAAAUCCACAGGCUCCCAUGGGGAGCUUGUUUCAAGCCAAAAACUCUCAUGAUAGCAAAUUGCACCUCAGCUGGAUUGUUUUCCAAAUGCUAGCAUGUACUGUAUGGGAUGACGAUCCAGAACCCUCAAAGAGAAUCUCUCUUAGUUUAGAUAAGUGUAAUUCAGUAGCUUUAAAUUCUCAGGUCAGAACAUAACAUUUCUCAUUUGUUAAAGCAGCAACAAGCCAGGGUACACUUGGCUUAUAACCAAAACAUGUCAAGCUUUAUUGGACGCAUUUCCUUGAUGUGUAUAGAGUACCAAGAGACAAUAUUACUGUUACAAUGGACAAUGUGCAUAUCCUUUUAGUUUUGCCCUACAAAGACAAUAUGGUUUUGCCACUGAGGGAAUUUAGGAUGGUGAAGUAAAUGUGUAUGAUGCCCCUGUGUUUGCCAGUUUGUAUUACAACAAGCUGUAUCUAUUUCCCAGCCCUUUUUUUCUUGUAGUAUAUACUAAUCUGUGCCAACUCUUAUCUUCUCACUUUUACCUCUGCUCACACCCUUUUCUGAAGAGGUAAUAACUCUAGUUUUGAUAGACUCUCGGAUUAUGUGAAUAUAACAUUUUUCAUUUGUGAAUUGCUGUACUGUUACGGUACCUGCUUGUGUCUGGACUAUAGUGCACUUACUUUUGUUUUUAUUUGUCUUUUUUUAUUAUUUUUUUGAGUAGGCCAUUUGUUAAUUUAAUAGUUUUUUUCUGUUUGUAUGUAUGUAUGUGUUUUAAUUAUUAUUUGUGUCUAUUGCAGCAGCAUAUCGGUCCAUAUUUGUUACAGGAUUGAUGCCUAACAAUCUAGAGACCUAUUUAACAAUUGGUGCAUCAAAGAAAGCAGUACUGUAUACUUGAAACUGUUAAGGUACAAGUUGGUCACAAUGUUGAAGAAAAAAAAAAGGUAUGAUCAUUUGUUAUACGUUUGCAAAUAUUGCUGCUUUAAGAGGGAGACAACAGCAUUUGUGUUGUACAUUAAAAGAUAUUUUCAUGUACUUGUAGGCUUUAAAAACAGUGUUAUACCUAUGCGCAACCCUGAAGUGCAUAGGUUAACGCCCUCCCAUUAGCUUUCCGGGCACUUGUGAGGAUUUACAGUAAAAGAAAACAUUUGAAUUUCGUCCACAUAUUUCACAUUUGCAAAGUAUUAACCUACAACAUUUGCUGCUACUCUGUAAUGUUAAUUUGCUUGCCAUAAUUUCUCUCAACCUGACAUGAUACUGAACCAUAAAUUGCUUUGCUUAGCUUUUGUUACGUUUGAUUUUUUUUUUUU